GUUGCACGUCUCCUGUUUGACACAGCUACGUCUCACAAAUGCACUUAUGAACAGACCUGCCAGUGGUCUGAACAACAAAGGUCCUUAUUUUUAAAAAAAUUUUUUUUUUUUGAUAGAGUUAAUCCAUAUUUGUGCAAUCAGCUUUUUAAAUUUUGACUUAGUUACUCAGGAAUAGCUGAAAAGUACCAACAGUUUAUAUUGAUCAGACCCAAUGCAUUUCUCAUAACUUUAAAGCUUUAUGGCUUUUAACAGCUAAGUAAAAUGACAGCUAAAUUAGUGACAGAACCCUGCUCAAACAACUCGGAAAGGACCGAACUGUAUGUCAAAGGAAUGCAGAGGGAAUGAGAGGAACUUUAUCACUCAUUUGCAUCAGCACUGCAUGAAUAGAGGUGGAGCAACGCAUGCAGCCCAGCACUAUAAAACCAUCCGAGCUGCGGCUUUAUGGACCUCUUUGCUUCUAUAACUGGCCUCAUAUAUGCCUGGAACACAACUCACUAAGGGUGGCCCACUGAAUGUCACGCAUCUUUGCAGAACUUCUACUUCACAGUAUCCCAGCGCUCAAAACACAAAGGAGCUGCAACCACUCAUGGCGAAUCCAGUCCGUGAAACUACAGAGCAGAAGAAACCGCAGCCGCAGGGACCCGAGAGGCCAAAUUCACCUCAGAAGUUUAAAACAAAGCUCAUGCAAUGCGUCUCUUACAUUGCUGGAGACAUGCCUGCGUUUGGUGAAUGGAUGAAAGGGCAAUGUAUCCUGCUCCAGAUUCUGGACUGGGUGCUGCGGGGAGCUGCUCAGGUGAUGUUUGUGAACAACCCUCUCAGCGGACUGAUCAUCUUUGCUGGACUGAUCCUGCAGAACCGAUGGUUGGCACUCAAUGGUUGUGUUGGCACUUUGUUUGCUACAAUUUCUGCCCUCAUCCUUGUUUCUUCACAGCUCUUCCGCUCAAUCCCUGUGGGUAUUGGGCAGGUUUAUGGGUGUGACAAUGCUUGGACAGGAGGGAUAUUCAUGAUCGCCUUGUUCAUCUCCUCACCCAUAACAUUUGCACAUGCAGCUAUUGGAUCAGUAGUUGGUAUGGUGUCAGGUCUUGCUCUUGCUGCGCCGUUCCAGAACAUCUACUUUGGCCUGUGGGGUUAUAACUGUGUUUUGGCCUGCAUUGCCAUUGGUGGGAUGUUCUACACUCUCACAUGGCAGACACAUCUUCUGGCUGUGGAAAAGAGAGAACACGCUGCCAGAGAAGAGAGAACAGUGCCAUCUACUGAAUGUCUAGAAGGAAAACUUGUGGAAUUUGCAUAA